CUCACUACAUUCAUGAGCAGAUCUACAUGGCACCUACUCUUUACCACAACUGGCCCGUGCCCAUAACUGACAAGUCAGAGUCAAUGUCGUCAAGUCAGAAGCUGAAGUGCCUGGAGUGGCUGGGCAUCUUGUUGAUCCCAGUGGUGCUGGCUCUGUUUGUGGCUCUGAUCAUCUUUGUUGUCAAGGCCAACAGCAAAGCCUGCCAGGAUGGCCUCCGAGUAGAGCAGGAGUGUCACAAUGUCACCAGCCUCCUGGAGCGCCAACUAACCCAAACCUGGCAAGCGUUACAGGGGACCAUGGACCAGGCUACCACCUGCAACAAGACUGUGGUGACCCUGUCAGCUUCCCUGGAGAAGGAGAAGGCCUGGGGUCAGGAGCAGCUCACCCGAGAAGAGAAACUUCAGGGAGAGAUCGAGACAUUGAAGCAGCAGCUGCAGGGCGCUUUGGAGGAGGUGAAGCAGCUAAGAAAAGGGAAGGAGGCCUCAAGCAAGGAAAGGGAAACCAGUUCCGUCAGCUCCUUGAAAGCACCCCCCGGCUCCGUGGUGGUCCCCAUGUACCUGCUCCUAGGCCUUAGGGCUCUACUGGCCUGAGGUCCCAGGAGGCCUGCCGUGUCCAGCGCUGGGAACCCCUCCUCCAGAGAGUCUCUCUGCUUCUUCAAAAUUGAGAGCAGCUGUCUCCAUAGACUCUUGAUCUACUUUCAUGGAUCCUCCCAGGCUCCCUCAGCCCUUCCUCCUCUGUUAUCUCCCUUUCUCCAAGUCCUUCUGGAAUCCCAACUAUUGUCCAGGCGACUUCCUGCCGGUGGCACCGGAGCCAGGCCCUUUGGGUCUGUCAGCACUGCUGGGUUGUGCUCUGUCUGCCGUGGGGGCCGCCCUGGGUGCUGUAGGAUCAACAGAAAAUGCCUUCAGACAUUGCCAAGCACCCCCACCGGGGGGGGGGGGUGCAGAUUCACUUCCUGUGAGAAACUGCUCUAGAGACGGUUCUCCUCUUCCUCACUUCUGUGUCCCUAGCUUGCUUGAGGUCGCUUUAGGAUGACGGAGUCAUUUCACCCCCCAGUUAACCGCCCCAUCUAACAAACAGGGAAACUGAAAUCCAGAAAAAUUCCUGGACUUCCUCAGAGCUUCUGAGCUGCUGGGGGGAGUGGGGAAAUUGAAACCUCUGAUACCUCUGAUUCCCAGAAGUGAGUCCUUCUCACGUGACCCCCCCCCUGCCCCCGCUCAAAACUGUUACAGAAGCCAGAAAGGCCAAUAUUCCAGAGAUGGGUCCUGACUGGAAAGGUACAGGAGCUUUAUUCAGGAGGCUGGCCACCUGGCCACCUGGGGAGAAGGACUCAGAGCCCAAAAGCCACUCAGAAGUUUCUGCCUGGCCCAGAGAUUUUUAAAGGGACUUCGGGGCAGUUAAUCGGCUAAGGGAGUGCUGCAGCCUGUGAUCUAGAUUAUGUGCAGUCUUGCCUGUGCCAGCUACAGAUGUUAUUGUGGUGCUCACAGGUUGGGCAAGGGAUUCCGGUUCCUUGGUUCUGGGGGGCCGGGGGUGCAGGAGAGCCUGGUGACAGAGUGUAGAAGUGCUCUGCUCUAAGAAAGAAUGCAGGACCUAUAAAUCUACAAAGAAAGGUUUGGUUAAUCAGUCACUCGAGCUAUGGGUGCUUGCUAAGAUUUAGUGACUACUAGACGGGCGGGAGGGGCUGAGUUGGCUUCACAUCCCACCAUCCUCCGCCCUCCCACCCCCAUGCCUGGGCUGUUUUGUUUCCAUGGUGCCCAAGAACAGUUUUGUCCAAUAUGAUGGAUUCAAGUCAAUCAGUCUCUUCUCCCAAACCCUCAUACAUGGCUGAGUACAAACCUCUCCUGGGGACGCCUGGGUGGCUCAGCGGUUGAGCGUCUGCCUUUGGCUCACAGCGUGAUCGCGGGUCCGGGGAUGGAGUCCCGCAUCGGGCUCCCUGUGAGGAGCCUGCUUCUCCCUCUGCCUGUGUCUCUGCCUCUCUGUGUCUCUCAUGAAUAAAUAAACAAAUCUUUAAAAAAAAAAAAAAACAACUCUCCUUCCUAAAAUGCCUUGUAGGGGCCAAGGGCAGACUGCCCCCAAAUGGGCCGCUUUGGCAUGAAGAAGACUACUUUGAGUCAAAAAAGCAGGGAUCCCUGGGUGGCACAGCGGUUUGGCGCCUGACUUUGGCCCAGGGCUCCAAUCCUGGAGACCCGGGAUCGAGUCCCAUGUUGGGCUCCUGGUGCAUGGAGUCUGUCUCUGCCUCUCUUUCUCUCUGUGUGUGACUAUCAUAAAUAAAUAAAAAUUUUAAAAAAUAAGUAAAUAAAAAAGCAAUCAAGGGGUGCCCAGCUGGCUCAGUCUGUAGAGCCUGCGACUCUUGAUCUCAGGGUUGUGAGUUUGAGCUCCACAAACUUGGGUGUAGAGCCGACUUAAAAAAUAAAAUAAAAUGUUCUGCGGAUGGCUGGGUUGUUCAGGGGUUGACCAUCUACCAUUGACUCAGGGCGAGAUCCCAGAAUCCUUGGAUCCAGUCCCGCAUUGGGCUUGCUGCAUGGAGCCCGCAAGCACUCCCUCUACCUAUGUCUCUGCCUCUCUCUCUCUGUGUGUCUCUCAUGAAUAAAUAAAUAAAAUCUUAAAUAAAAUAAAUAAAACAAAAUAAAAUAUUCUGAUUAAAAAAAUAUUCUGAUUAAAAAAAUAAAAUAACAAAAAGCAAUCAAAACCCAGCAUAUUCAGCAAAAGCUCUCUCCUCCCCCAUGAUUGCCUAAAAAGAAUUUAAACAGAGGAGCUGCCCCAGGAAGAGAGUUCUCACCAAUAGAUAACUACAUCAUACUGUGAAUUGGAUAUGGUAGACAGGGAGAAACCUCACAAGGCCUAUUUGAUCAAAAUCCUGUGUGUCCCAUUCUCUCUGAGUGGCCUAGAAUACAUUUGUUUACUAGACAUCUUCCUGUGAAUUGUAUUCCUUCCCUCUGAAGUCCCAGACCCUUACUUCCUCCUCUCUGUAGUUUAGAAUGAUGUAUAAACCUGAUUUUGCCUGCCUUUGGAAGUUUCCGUGUCUG